AUGGGCAUCUCGCUCUUCGAGCGGCUGACGAUGGCCGAGGAGCCCCAGUUCUUGGCCAUGCAGUACCGAAUGACUCCGGCCAUCAGUGCGUUCCCAUCCAGCAGGUUCUACCAAGGGCGGUUGCAAGAUGACGCCUCAGUGCUGGGAAGCCCUACAUUGUUGCAGCAUCCCAGCAAGGACCGGUCUAUGCCCUUGAUCUUCUGGCAGACCAGCCUCGAAGGUCCAGGCGAGCGUGUGAGCCACCUUCGGACGGUGGACAACAGCGCGGGCUCCAGGCUCAACGAGACGGAGGCACAGCAGGCCGUGGACCUGGCGAGUGCCUUGGCGUCCGCCUGCGGACCUGGCGUUGGCAUCCUUUGUUGGUACCGGGCGCAGGUCGCGCGUGUGGAGCAGCUGCUGCGGGAGAAGAGCCUCAGUCAGCUGCACGUGGGCAGCGUAGCGACGGCCCAGGGCAGCGAGUGGGACUACGUGAUUCUCAGCACCGUGAGGAGAGGUGGCGCUUCCAUGCAGGGACGUUUAGGGAUCCUCGCGGACGGUCACAUCCUCAACGUGGCGCUGACCCGCGCCCGGCGCGGGCUGGUGGUCUUGGGGGAUUCCGCCACGCUUUCCACUGAUCCCAACUGGAAGGCCUUCUUGGAUCAUUGCCGCCAGCAGGAUGUGCUGGUCGACAGUGUGCCACGGCUCACCAGCGACGAGGCGCUGUGGUCGGACGCUUGGCAGCGUGCGCUGGUGCCGGGCUUCAAGGUGGAGCUCUGUCAGCUGCAAAGCCAACCGGAGCUCAAUGGGAAGAUCGGCACGGUGUGCUGCAGCGGCGAGAAUGGCCGCUGGGAAGAGACGCGGCGCUUGGCCUUGAAGCCCAAGAACUUGCAGAUGGUCAAGGAGCCGCAACUGGCCCCUUCACCCGGCGCGACGAAGGGCAAGCCGGCCUUCGGUGGGCUUAAUGCGCUGGUGGCCGCCGAGCAGCCACGGAGCGGCGUGGAGUUCUCCACCACGUUGCGCUUCGCGGCGCAGCAGUUGCAGCCGCAGGUCACCCGCUGUGGCAAGGAGGUCACCGUCGUAGACAGGUCCUCGCCGUGCCACGGAAUGAAGGGCAUUGUGCGGUCCAGAGGCGGCGCUGGUGUCUCGGUGGAGUUCUCCAAAAGCUUCUGCAUGCAACAAGGACCCGUGCAGGUUCGACCCGGCCAGAAAGGCCUCGAGGUGUCGGCGCAGGGCUCGUUGGAACACCUGUUGAAGCCGGGACUCGCCACUUGGCAUGGCCUCAAGAGCAAACCGGAGCUCAACGCCGAGUGGGCGCGUGUCGUCUCCGAGGAGCCGAGCGAGGGACGCUGGGAGGUGGACUUGCUCAGUGCCCGAGUUGCCCGGCGCUUGGCGAUGAAGCCCGAGAACCUGGCGCCCGAGCUGUGA